CUACUACUACCCUUACCCUAGUGCUGCACGAUGGGAGGAAUUGGGCAGCUAGCGAUUUUGAUUCUUUCUUUCUGGCAUGUAAUAGCUGUAAAUUGUGCCGAUGAUAUUUUGGUUGGAUGUGGGGGUUUCGUGAAGUCAGAUGUGGAAAUUAAUUACUCACUUAUUGAGAUAAAGUUGUACACUAAGCAGGGCUCUUUGAAAUACCAGACUGACUGUGCACCUUUCAAUGGUUACUUCAUGAUCCCACUCUACGACAAGGGUGAUUUUGUUCUUAAAAUAGAACCGCCUUCAGGAUGGAGCUUUGAACCAACAUCGGUUGACCUACAUGUUGAUGGAAUUAAUGACAUUUGCACUAAAGAACAAGACAUCAAUUUCCUGUUUACUGGCUUUUCGGUGUUGGGAACUGUUUUGAGUAAGGGACAUUUAUUGGGUCCUGCAGGGGUUGAAGUUAGCUUAAGAAAAGCUGGAGAAAAUGAUGUACUUCAGACAGUCCUCACACAGGCGUCAGGCCAGUAUACUUUCCUCAAAGUGCUUCCAGGAAGUUAUGACAUUACAGCUUCUCAUGCUACAUGGACCCUGGAACAGGGCUCCACCACUGUAGUUUUGUCGAAUGAAAAUGCCCCUGCUUCAGCCCCUCUGAUUGUGAAAGGCUAUGAUGUCUCUGGCGAGGUUCAGAGCGAUGGUGAACCCAUGAGAGGAGUCAAUUUCCUCCUCUACUCUCCGAGUGUAACACAGGAGGAUAUUAAUGGCUGCAGUGUGGCUCCUGUAGAUGGGGCUUUAGCUGGCAACCCCUCCCUUAUGUAUUUGUGCAGUGCCCAGUCGGGUGAGGACGGCACUUUCUCCUUUCCCUGCCUUCCAAGUGGUGAAUACACUGUGGUCCCGUAUUACAGAGGCGAGAGGAUCACUUUUGAUGUCGCCCCUUCACGCAUGGACUUCAAAGUACAGCAUAACAGUUUGAUAUUGGAGCCUGUGUUCCGCGUCAUGGGAUUUUCAGUGAUGGGCAGAGUUCUGAAUAGCCCCAAUGGAGAAGGUGUUGCCGAUGCUGUUGUUAUGCUUAACAACCAAAUUAAAGCUGAAACUAAAGAAGAUGGUUCAUUCCGACUUGAAAAUAUGACUACAGGCACUUACACCAUCAACACACAGAAGAAACUGAUGUUCUUUGAGCCAAUAACUGUGAAGAUUGCUCCCAGCACCCCUCAGCUGCCAGACAUCAUCACUGCAGGGUUUAGUGUGUGCGGUCAGAUCUUAGUCAGCCGUCUUCCUGAGGGUGUUAAACAGCUUGGCCGCUACAAAGUUAUGCUCUCGGCCCAGAGUCAAGAUCAGGUUUUACGCACUAUCGAAAGCGACAGUCAGGGAGCGUUCUGCUUUCAAGUAAAACCAGAUGACUACAGCGUUCAGGUGUCACUGCCUGAAGCCGAAGUGAAGGCUGGACUUGCUCUGCAGCCAUACUCUCUCCACGUCUCCCUGGUGGACCAUCCUAUCACCGACCUUCUAUUUACCCAGUUCAUAGCAUCUGUCUCUGGAUCUGUGUCAUGUCUCGUGGCAUGUGCAGAUCUGACCGUCACCCUUCAGCCCUUGAGUAGACAGGGAGAAAGGCAGAACCUUCAGCUUUCUGGCAGCAGUGAAACCCUCAGCUUCACUUUUAAUAAUGUGUUACCCGGCAAGUACAAAGUGGCAAUCACCCAGGAGGAAUGGUGCUGGAAGCACAAGUCAGUAGAGAUUGACAUACAGGACUCAGAUGUUCAGGGAGUGGAGUUCAGACAGACUGGAUACUUGCUCCGCUGCACGCUGUCCCAUGCCAUCACUUUGGAGUUUUUCCAAGAUGGAAGUACACCAGAGAAUGUUGGCAUUUACAACCUCUCUAAAGGUGUCAAUCGCUUCUGUCUGUCCAAACCAGGUGUUUACAAAGUGACUCCACGUUCCUGUCACCAGUUUGAGCAGGACUACUAUACCUACAACACGUCUGCCCCGAGUAUUUUAACCCUUACUGCUGUCAGACACCACAUGACUGGAGUCAUCAUAACUGAUAAGAUGCUGGAUGUCACAGUCACUAUUAAAUCUUCCAUUGAAAGUGAGCCAGCUUUGGUUCUGGGACCCCUUCUCUCAGUUGAGGAGCAGAGACGAGAGCAGCAACUUCUGGAAAUAGCUGCCCGUAUGAAGGAGAAGCAAGAAAGAGGAGAAGAGCAGAGCCCACCUGUGCAAGAGAAACCAGAGGAACUUCAAAAGCCGUUUCAUUAUGAGUUCUCCUACUGGGCACGGGCUGGGGAGAAGAUCACCGUUACACCCUCAUCCAAGGAGUUUCUGUUUUACCCUCCUGAAGUAGAAGCAACAAUCACUGGAGAAAACUGUCCAGGUCAGAUGGUGGAGAUUGCAGGCCGGGCAGGGCUUUUCCUAAACGGACAGGUGUCACCUUCACUGGAGGGGGUAGAAAUCUCCAUUAAGGAAAGUGGAGCCACAACAACUCUCAUUACGGUUCUUACGGAUGAGAGCGGAAGCUACAGUGUUGGACCCUUACAUAGUGACUCUCAGUAUGACAUCAGUGCCAGUAAAGAAGGCUUUGUCCUGACCCCUAUGGAGGGAAAGACAGGAGACUUCAAGGCAUUUGCCUUGGCAGGUGUUACUUUUGAGAUAAAGGCAGAGGACAGUGUCCCACUCUCUGGGGUUCUGCUCUCUCUGAGUGGGGCCAACUUCCGCUCAAACCUGCUUACUCAGGACACCGGCCUCCUCACCUUCAACAACCUGAGUCCUGGACAGUAUUAUUUCAAGCCUAUGAUGAAGGAGUUCCGCUUUGAGCCCUCAGCACAGAUGAUCACAGUAGAGGAAGGGCAGGUCCUUCAUAUUCCCAUCACUGGCUUCAAGACAGCUUACAGUUGCUAUGGGACAGUGCAGUCACUAGGUGGCGAUGCAGAACAGAGUGUCGCUGUUGAAGCAAUGGGACAGAAAGAAUGCAGCAUGUACAGUGAGGACACAAUAACCGAUGAAGAGGGCCGCUUCAGACUCCGAGGCUUACUGCCUGGAUGUAACUACAACAUUCAACUGAGAGGAGAAGGAAAUGAUCAUAUAGAGAGAGCCCUGCCGCCACACAAAACCAUUGAGGUGGGCAACAGUGAUAUCGAAGGCAUAAACAUCAUCACUUUCAGACAGAUCAAUAUGUUCGAUCUGAGUGGCAAUGUCAUCACUUCCCCUGAACAUCUUCCAACUCUUUGGGUAAAGCUCUACAAGAGUGACAACCUCGACAAUCCCUUCCAGACCGUGUCGCUCGGCCAGUCACUGUUCUUCCACUUUGCCCCCCUGCCACGUGAUGAUGAAAGUUAUGUGCUGAUGCUGGACACAUCGAUCUCUCGCUCCCAGUAUGAUUUUAAGCUUCCACAGGUCUCCUUCACGACCUCUGGUUACAGCAAACACAUCACACUGACUUUUAACCCAAAGAGAAAAAUACCAGAUCAAGAUGUUGCCCAAGGAUCGUACAUUGCCCUUCCUCUGACGCUGCUGCUGUUACUUGCUGUGUAUAAUCAUGAGCGGGUGAUCCCUAUUCUUCUGCAGCUGGUUAAUCAGAUCCAGGGUGUUCGAGGACUCUCACAAACAAGCGGGGAUGGGAUUGCUUUGGACGAAGCCAAACGCCAAUCAAAGAAGCCAAAGAUGAGACGCACAUGAAACCCAAGUGUGAAUGCCAACCCAACCACGGCAUUCAGAUCUCACAAACCUCUGGUUUCCGCCAACACAGAUCAUCAUGCCUGCCUGACUUGAGUGCUAUCAUAAAAAACGUUCAUGGGAUCGCCGAAGUUUUAUGGACAUCUUGAGAGUUAUCAAAUUUUGUUUUGAAACUCAGACUUCACGGUUCUAUUUCUAUGGUUUUACUUUCCAUAGAGUCACAGUCGCAAAUAUUGGUAUCCCUGUUAUUUACUGUCCCUAGCAUAUGUGAAUGUGGCUCAGAGAUGCUGUGUGUGUUUGUGUAUAUUUAUGUUUGUGAGAGGUGCUUGGGGAGGAGGAGGCUCAUGAGACUACAAAUGUUGAUAUACAGAGAGUUCAAAACCCAGAUAAUUGAUGAUGAUUCCAAUAGUUUCCUGGUUGAAUAGGUUAUUUAUUAACAGUUUGUCUAGAAGGUUUUUUUUGCCAUUACUACAUUUUUUAAUAUUCCACUAAAGUUUAUCAGUCUAGUUUUAUCCCAAUUACAUUACUUGAAUUUGUAGAAUCAAUUUGUAAUUUCCCAACAUUGAGAUGUUAAAUGCAAGGCAUAUGAUUUUGUUUUUUUUGAUCAUUUCCCAGUUGACUUUCUUAUUGUUUAAUAGGUUCAGUACUUUGUCAUUCCUUGGCAUUAAAAAAAACGAUUUGAUAACGCGUUGUUAACAGAAUUAAUAAUAAAACAGUAAAUAAAGUG